CCACCAUGGCCAAAAACUGAAACUGCAUUUGCUCCUGUAAUUGCCAGAAUUCGCCCUUCAUCUUGACCCAUUUCAAUGUGGAUGUCACAAAUCUCCGAGGAGUAAGCAGUUUGCAGAAGGCCCUUUGUUUUCAGAAAGGGUGUUGGUGAAAUCGUUCCAGAAACACGUUAAUGGAGUUUGUGGAUUCACAUUCUUCAUCAGUAAGAGCUUGAUAUACACUCGAAAUUUCAUGAACCCUAAAUUGACAAAGCAUUGUUUCAAACAUGGCAACAUGGAGAGUUCCACAUGAGAGAAGAGAAUCAAGAUCUAGGCUUUUUCCAUAAUUGGUACCGGCGUCUUGGGAGACUUCAUCGAACUUGGCAACUCUUAAUUGCGUGUCCAUAAAAUAAAACCUAGAAUCGGGCUGCCGGAUCCGGUUAAUUAACCGGGUCGGAUCAGGAUCGAGUUUAACUUGGUCAUUUCUGGAUUCCUCGGGUUUGGGCUUUGCUAUUUUUUUUUCAUGGUCUUUUAAUAUAAACUACUAAGGAGUCGUAAACCACCGAAGUCUCACCGUUUUGUCUUAUUCCGGCGGCUGUGUGGGCGAGAGAGAGAGAGAGGGGGAAUGGCGAUCAGGAAGCUUUUGCUUCUAUUGAAACCGUUGGAUCCGUAUCCGUUUCUUCCACCGGAAGGUGUCUCGCGCAUCAAGAACCCCCAGGUCCUUAGAUAUCUUGAGAGUCGGUGCACUGUCCACAAAGACGCUAUAAAUUUUUGCCAGGAGAUACUACAUAAGAAACCGGUUGAAUGGAGACCCAUAUCACGUAGUGAUUUAUUGCAUCCCAUUCAUGACGUCGAUAUGGUCAUUACUGUUGGCGGGGAUGGCACCCUCUUGCAGGCCAGCCAUUUAAUCGAUGACUCGGUUCCUGUCCUAGGUGUGAAUUCUGACCCAACACGAACAGAAGAGGUUGAAGCAUUGAGCGAUCAGUUUGAUGCUAGUAGAAGCACCGGCCACUUGUGUGCUGCUACAGUUGAAAACUUUGAACAGGUUCUGGAUGACAUUUUGUUUGGUAAAAGGGUUCCUUCAAAAGUGUCCAGAAUAGCGGUGAAGUUAAAUUCAAAACCGCUUACAACACAGGCACUCAAUGACGUUUUGAUUGCACACCCGUGUCCUGCCACUGCUUCAAGGUUCUCAUUCAAGAUUAAUAGCAAAGACGAUGGUGAGUCAUGCUCGAAAACAGUGAGCUCCCGCUCGAGCGGUCUAAGAAUCUGCACUGCUGCCGGCUCCACAGCGGCAAUGCACUCAGCAGGUGGGUCAGUGAUGCCAAUUUCGUCUCGUGAUCUUCAGUACAUGGUAAGAGAACCCAUCUCACCCGGUUCAUCCCCUGGUCUAAUGCACGGGUUCGUCAGACCGGAUCAGUCCAUGGACGUGAACUGGUUCUCCAACCGCGGCUCGAUCUAUAUCGACGGUUGUCAUGUUCGCUACACUAUGCAGCUCGGAGAUACGAUCGAAAUAUCAUCAGAUGCCCCAGUCUUGAACGUGUUCUUACCUCCUCACGCCUUGACCAGGAACAUAUCAAAGGUAAUAUAGUAGAGCUCGAGAUUUUGUUCAUUUUUCGUGAGCAUAGAAGAUGGUAUAAUCUGGGAUCUAUCCACUUGUGUGUGUGUGUAUGUACAUACAUCAAAGAUACUUUGGUCAAGAUUCAGGUUUCAUGUGAAACGCGAUUGUUUGGUGUCCGAAAUGUAUUGAAUCUAAGGCACAUGAGAAAUCGGCGUGUCGAGCCGCUGAUUUGGGGCCCAAAAAUAAAUAAAACCCAA